AAAGAGAGUCGGGCCUUUCGGCAAUGAAAAUUUAAUUAAUGUGGGUGGGCUGAGAACACAACGAGUGUUUAUCAUAGACAAUUUAUUUUCCAGCGCUAAGUCAACAUAAAACAGCAAAACUGACAACAAUUAUUUAACAUUUUAGACUCAUGGAGCGGUCAGUCUCUGCUCAGGACUGCUGGUGAUCUCCACAGAACAAAACUGUCCUCUGAAGUCACUGCAGUCAUGAGUUUAUACCGCAGUCAAGUGUCUCAGCCAGGUCUAUCUAAUUCCUCACUAAUCUACGUCUACGGUGGGGAAGUUGGAGGCAUCAUCCCCGCUUUGGGAUUCGCGUCCACCCGGCAGGAGCCUCCGCAGAAACCUCCCUACAGCUACAUCGCGCUCAUUGCCAUGGCGAUUAAGAACGCGCCGGACAAGCGCGCGACGCUCAGCGGGAUCUAUCAGUACAUAAUGGACCGCUUCCCAUUUUACCAUGACAACAAGCAGGGCUGGCAGAACUCAAUCCGCCACAACCUCUCGCUGAACGACUGCUUCAUCAAAGUGCCCCGAGAGAAAGGUCGCCCGGGCAAGGGCAGCUACUGGAUGCUGGACACCAAAUGCCUGGACAUGUUCGAGAACGGGAACUACCGGCGACGCAAGAGAAAGUGCAAAAGUCAAGAGGCGCGCGAGACCAAACUCAGUCCUAAGAGGAUCCAAAGAGCGACGACACUUCAUCACAACACUCAUUUGGAAAACGAGGACUCAGGUGUAUUAACGAAGCAAACGAAUACAGACGAAAAACUAUCUGAAAGAGAGCAGUCGCGCGAUACAACUCCAAAUGUUGCCACGAGCACCGAGUUUUGCGCGUCAUCCGACUUUACGAAAGACUGGUGUUUUGCGCACUUUAACCCAAGGUGCCCGACAAAUCACACAAACACAAACCCUUUAAACACGAAAGAGACGGACCGACAGGAUGGCGUUUUGGCAGCUACAGGUGGGAGCGCGCGAACUGGAGACGCCGGAUGCAAAGACACGCACCCUAGAAAAACGGCAGACAAAUCGAAGGAGUUUAGCAUUGACAGUAUUCUAUCGAAAAAGGAAAAUCAGCACCAAAGCAGGUUCAGUGCUGCUGCUGCUGGAACGCCGGUGGCUUGUCUGGAGUCGCGCGGUUACGCGCUCACGUCCUCACUGAUUGCACACGCGCACCCACAGCUGUAUCCACGCGGAUUCCCUCUCUGCUCUUACCUGUCUCUCACCUGUCCUGACAAAAUACUGAACUUUAGUGAGAAAACAGAUGAUAAUCUAUUCUUUUGACUACUCUUUUUAGUGGCCUGACACAUAUCAGACUGCAGCAAAUAAAUUCAUAAAAUAUAUUAAAGGCAUUGUUAUAUAAAUACAAGAUGCAAUUCAUAUUUGCUUGUUAGUAAUGGCAAAUACAGUUUAUAAAACAUAUUUGAGGGAUGAAGAAUAAAACUGUUAUUAGUAUGGUUGUUGUCCUUAUGGGAUUCAACAUGGGUGGCCCACUCUACAGAAGAGUAACAUUAGUUCAUUCUUAGGAUGUAAGCUAUAGGCUACUAUUAUCAAGAAGGCACUCUUGCAGACAAUCCAUAGCACAGAUGUCUGACUUUGUAUAAUUUUAUUGUUUAUUUAAACAACAGUUAUGCUCCUCUCUGUACAUUUGAGAAAUACAAAGAGAUGGACAAACUUUGUCGUUCUUGUCCCUUUUUUAACAACUUAUAGACACUCAAACAGAUAUAUUCCUUAAAGACAGAGCAAAGGAAUGCAAGUUAAGCACAAAUGAAAGCAUUUUGGGCAUAAUGUUGAUGACCACAAAAAAUAAAAAAUAAAAUAAAUUCCAAAAAAUUCAAAUUUUCUGUAAAAAAGAAAAGAAGCAGAAAUGGAGGUUACAGUGAGACACUUACAAUGUAAGUGAAUGGGCCAAUCAUUUUCAAAAGUAUAAAAGUAAACAUCAAAACAACUGUAAAAACAGCGAUUUAAUUUUUUUUUACAGCUCAAAUAAUACAUGAUUUUAACAGAAGAAUUAAGUGCUUUUUAGAAAAUGAUAAGCUUCACAUUUCUGCCAAUUAACCCUCCAAAAUUGUGCCCCAUUCACUUCUAUUAUAAGUGCCUCACUGUGACAUUGUAAAAAAAAGGAGAGAUAAAUCUAAUAAAUAUUAUGCCACAAAUGCUGCGAUUGAGCUGAAAUUGAACAUGGAAUAUUCCUUAAAGUUGCGGGGUAAAAUAAAUACCUGAUUUGUACCUUGGACAAACAAUCAUUCACUUCACUAUUGGAUAAACUGAAAACACAGUUGUUUAAAUAAACAAGCAUGUG